AUGGAGAGUUCGUGUGGCGGGAAAUGCUCCGUGUUCAACUUAAGGUAUAAAUCCUCCAAAGGGCGAGCCCUACGUGCCAUCAAGAUUGGAACCCUUAAUCCCCAAAUCAACAAACCAGCAAUAUGGAUAGACGCUGGCUUGCACGCCAGGGAGUGGAUUGGGAUCUCCUCCGCUCUUUAUUUCAUAAACAAGCUGAUCAGUGACUACGACCAGCCAGAGGUGAAGAACUUGGUGGACUCGUAUGACUGGUAUAUUCUACCCGUGGUCAACCCUGACGGAUAUGAGUACUCCCACACCAACGAUCGCAUGUGGCGCAAGACACGUUCACAGCAGGAUAAUGAUUGCUACGGAGUCGAUGCUAACAGGAACUUUAACUUUCACUGGAAUGAGGCUGGAACUGACCCGGACCCCUGUCACAAUACUUUCGCUGGCAAGAGGGCGUUUUCCGAACCAGAAACCCAGGCGAUGAGUGAUUUUAUCUUGUCUAAGAGGCGUGACAUUAAGAUUUACAUUAGUCUCCAUAGUUACGGAAAUUUAUGGCUGACGCCAUGGGGGUACACCAGAAACCUUCCAGGUGACUACGAUGAACUGCUAAGAAUCGCCAACAUAGCCGCUGCUGCCAUACUUGCUGUCAGAGGAGAAGAAUAUUUGACUGGAUCUGCUGCAGGACUGCUAUCAUAUCUCGCUGCCGGGGGCUCUCGCGACUGGGCUAAGGGCAAAGCGGGCAUUAAGUAUUCCUACAGUGUAGAAUUGAGUCCCAGUAUAAGAACGGCUGAUUGGUCUUUUAGGUUCGAGCUUCCCCCUCGUUUCAUCCCACUCGUAGGCGAAGAUCUUUAUAUGGGUCUUAAAGCUGUAGCUGAAGCACUGCAGGAAAAAUUAACCCUUGAGAUGAAUGUCGGUUGCAUCUAG